ACUUGUUUACCACAAUUGUAAACCAUCAGUGAAUUCUAUAUUUAUUUCAAUAUAUUUGAAAAAUUAGAAUUUGAUUGGGCAUGAGUAUCAUUGCAAGAGGAUUCAUAAAUUUAUUUAAAUCUAAUAUAACAAAAUGUGUCGAGCAAGCAAAGUCGUGGAGUCUUACGAAAUCAUGUGUCGAGAAUGGAUUUUCAGGUUUUACUCAAUUUAGGAAUAUGUCGUUCAAUUUAUUAUAUUAUUUACAUAAAAAAGGACCACCCAGAAAGAGACGACGAUAUUACGCUAAUCCUUUAGGUAGAGCACCACAAGCUAAAGGAGUUGUUCUAAAAACUUUGAUCAAAAAACCAAAAAAACCCAAUUCAGCUAAUAGAAAAUGUGUUCUUGUCAGAUUAUCUAACGGAAAAGAAUUAGUAGCUUAUGUACCAGGUAUUGGACACAAUCUUCAAGAACAUAACAUCGUUCUUGUUCGAGUGGGAAGAUUGCAAGAUACGCCUGGAGUAAAAUUGAAAUGCGUUCGAGGAAAAUAUGAUCUACCUCAUGUCAUUAAACCUGGACAAUAAAACAAUUGAUGUGUUUAUGUUGAAUCAUUUAUUAGUUAUUUAAUUCUAAUAAAAAUUAAAUAGUAACUCAAUAAAA